AUGAUUACCGACAGCGAGCUUUACAGCCUUGCCAUCUUCCUUGGCUCGGCAGCCAUGGUUCUGAUUAUCAUCUACCAUUUCUUCGAGGUCAAUGCCAAAGAUCAGCCGCCAGUAAACGCAAAGGGUCCGGCCAGCAAACUGAAAUGA